AGUUUGGUGUUCAAGGAGCAGAAAGGAGGCCAGUGUGGCUGGGGAGGGAUGGGGAAGGAGAAGACGUCCGUUGUACAAGGUGAUGUAGCUGGUCAGGGGUCAAGUCACCUAGAGUCAAGCCAAGCCAUAACCAACAGACCACAGCAUUCAGGCAUCCUGUGAGUGGGCAGUUUUCUCCAGAAAAUAGUGAAUUUAUUCUUCAAGAAGAGCCACAUCCACAUAUGUCGAAGCAAGAGAGAAACCAAAGACCGUCCAGCAUGGUCAGUGAGACGUCCACAGCUGGAACCACGUCCACUGUGGAGGCCAAGCCUGGCCCCAAGAUCAUGAAAUCCAGCAAUAAAGUCCACAGCUUUGGGAAGAGGGACCAGGCCAUUCGGAGGAACCCCAAUGUUCCAGUGGUGGUGAGGGGGUGGCUGCACAAGCAGGACAGUUCUGGGAUGAGACUGUGGAAAAGGAGGUGGUUUGUGCUUGCUGAUUAUUGCUUGUUUUACUAUAAAGACAGCCGAGAAGAAGCGGUCCUUGGGAGCAUCCCUCUGCCCAGCUAUGUGAUCUCACCUGUGGCCCCUGAGGACCGCAUAAGUCGCAAGUAUUCCUUUAAGGCUGUGCACACAGGGAUGCGAGCACUCAUCUAUAACAGCUCCACGGGGGGCUCUCAGGCCGAGCAGUCAGGCAUGAGGACCUACUACUUCAGUGCUGACACCCAGGAGGACAUGAACGCGUGGGUCCGGGCCAUGAACCAGGCUGCACAGGUGCUGUCUCGAUCAUCGCUAAAGAGGGAUGUGGAGAAGGUGGAGCGGCAGGCGGUCCCCCAGGCCAACCACACCGAGUCCUGUCGAGAGUGUGGCCGCGUGGGACCUGGACACGCGAGGGAUUGUCCUCAUCGAAGCCAUGAGGAUUCCUUUGGCUUUGAGAGGCGGGAGCAAGAGGAAGAACGGUACCGUUCCCAGAGGGACCCACUGGAGGGCAAGCGGGACAGGAGCAAGGCCAGGUCCCCGUAUUCACCGGCUGAGGAGGACGCCUUGUUCGUGGACUUACCUGGUGGCCUGAGAGGCCAGCAAGCACAGCCCCAGCGGGCAGAGAAGAACGGGGUGCUGCCCGCCACGUAUGGCCCAGGAGAGCAGAACGGGACCGGCGGGUAUCAACGGGCCUUUCCUCCCAGGAACAACGCUGAAAAGCACAGCCAGAAGAAGAGCAGCCUGGCCCAGGUGGAGCACUGGGCAAAAGCCCAGAAGGGGGAUGGCAGGAGCCUGCCCCUGGACCAGACCCUUCCUCGUCAGGGUCCUAGCCAGUCACUGUCCUUCCCAGAAAACUACCAGACUCUGCCUAAGAGCUCCCGACAUCCCUCGGGGGGCUCCUCGCCUCCUCCCCGCAACCUGCCGAGUGACUACAAGUACGCGCAGGACCGAGCCAGUCACCUGAAGAUGUCGAGUGAGGAGCGCCGGGCGCACCGGGACGGCACGGUGUGGCAGCUGUAUGAAUGGCAGCAGCGCCAACAGUUCCGGCACGGCAGCCCCACGGCGCCCAUCUGCGCCGGCUCCCCGGAGUUCACCGACCAGGGCCGGAGCAGGAGCAUGCUGGAGGUGCCGCGCUCCAUCUCUGUGCCUCCGUCUCCCUCCGACAUCCCUCCUCCGGGCCCCCCGAGGGUCUUCCCACCCCGGCGGCCGCACACGCCAGCAGAGAGGGUCACCGUGAAGCCACCGGAUCAGCGGAGGAGCGUGGACAUCUCACUGGGGGGCUCUCCCAGGAAGGCACGGGGCCACGCCACCAAGAACUCCUCUCACGUGGACCGCCGCUCCAUGCCCUCCAUGGGCUACAUGACCCACACGGUCAGCGCUCCCAGUCUCCAUGGAAAAUCGGCUGACGAUACCUACCUCCAGCUAAAGAAGGACCUGGAGUACUUGGACCUAAAGAUGACGGGCCGGGACCUUGUCAAGGAUCGAAGUCUGAAGCCAGUGAAGAUCGCGGAGAGUGACAUUGACGUCAAACUGAGCGUCUUCUGUGAACAAGACAGGAUCCUCCAGGACUUGGAAGACAAGAUCCGAGCCCUCAAGGAGAACAAAGACCAGCUGGAGUCUGUGCUGGAGGUAUUGCACAGACAGAUGGAGCAGUACCGAGACCAGCCCCCGCACCUGGAGAAGAUUGCUCACCAGCAGAGGUUGCUGCAGGAGGACCUUGUCCACAUCCGGGCAGAGAUCUCCAGAGAGUCCACUGAGAUGGAAAAUGCCUGGAAUGAAUAUCUGAAGUUAGAGAGUGAUGUGGAGCAGCUGAAGCAGACCCUGCAAGAGCAACACAGAAGAGCCUUUUUUUUCCAGGAGAAAUCGCAGAUACAGAAGGAUCUCUGGAGGAUUGAAGAUGUCAUUGCUGGCCUGAGUGCAAAUAAAGAGAACUUUAGAAUCCUGGUGGAAUCGGUCAAAAAUCCAGAGAGAAAAACGGUGCCUUUGUUUCCUCACCCGCCUGUGCCUUCACUCUCGACUUCUGAGAGCAAGCCGCCCCCACAGCCCAGCCCUCCCACCAGCCCCGUGAGGACCCCUCUGGAGGUUCGACUCUUCCCCCAGCUGCAAACCUAUGUGCCGUACCGACCUCAUCCACCCCAACUGAGGAAAGUGACAUCCCCUCUUCAGUCACCAACCAACACGAAGCCCAAAGUUGAAGACGAGGCACCUCCCAGGCCCCCACUCCCUGAGCUCUACAGUCCAGAGGACCAGCCCCCGGCUGUGCCACCUCUGCCAAAGGAGGCCACUAUCAUCCGGCACACUUCAGUGAGGGGUCUGAAACGCCAGUCGGACGAGAGGAAGCGAGACCGGGAGCAGGGGCAGUGUGUGAAUGGGGACUCAAGGGUGGAGCUCCGGUCAUACGUUAGUGAGCCUGAGCUGGUGACUUUCAGUGGGGACAUGGCCCAGCCCUCCCUGGGACUAGUGGGCCCUGACAGCAGGUACCAGACACUGCCAGGCAGAGGGCUCUCGGGGUCCACAUCAAGACUCCAGCAGUCGUCCACCAUUGCUCCCUACGUCACGCUCCGGAGGGGUCUAAAUGCCGAAAGCAGCAAGGUGACCUUCCCUAGACCCAAGAGUGCCUUGGAACGCCUGUACUCAGGGGACCACCAGCGGGGCAAGAUGAGUGUGGAGGAGCAGUUGGAGCGCAUGAAGCGGCACCAGAAGGCGCUGGUCCGGGAGCGCAAGAGGACGCUGAGCCAAGGAGAGAGGACGGGUCUGCCCUCGUCCCGCUACCUCAGCCAACCUCUCCCCGGAGAUCUCGGCUCAUGGAAACGCGAGCAGGACUUUGACCUGCGGUUGCUGGAACGGGCCAUGCAAGGGGAGAGAAAGGACAAGGAGGAAAAUGGCUGGUUGAAAGUGCAGGCCAUGCCUGUCACUGAGGUGGACCUGGAACCUCAAGACUAUGACUUGGACAUCAGCAGAGAGCUGGCCAAACCAGAGAAGGUCUCCAUCCCUGAGCGUUACGUGGAGCUGGACCCUGAGGAGCCGCCCAGCCUUGAGGAGCUGCAGGCGCGGUAUCGCAAAGCCGAGAAGAUCCGCAACAUCCUUGCUCGUUCCAGCGUGUGCAACCGGCCGCCACCCUCAGGCCAGGACCGGAACAGCGUGGCCGACCUGGACUCGCAGCUGCUGGAGCAGGCGCGUAUCAUCAACGUCUCCCACACGCUGGCCUCUGAGGCCUCCCGGCGCAGCAAGCAGGUGGCAGCGCAGCAGCUGGCCCUCUUCCCGCCUAAAGCCCCCCUGUCCUCCAGGACGGUGCCACCUUACCCCCCCUUAAGCAACGGACUCCACUACACCUUUGUCUAACACCUUCCAACCCAGGCAGUGACUGACCCGUGACCCAGCGUGCAAAGGAGAAGUCUGGAGCCAGGGACCCAGUGGAACCAGUUUCUUCCGAGAAGAUUGAUCUUUCUUCCCCCAAGGAAACCCCUUCCAGCUCAGCAGGGGUUCUGGCUGGAGGAAGGAGCAGCCCUCCAACUGUGGGGAGUUCACCAUAGGGCUAGGUCCUAACAACCACCCACCCCCCCCCCCGAUUUGUUUUAGUUCAGACUCCUUUUUACAUAUGACAAAGGCACUUUUGAUACACACUGUAAAAUACUGACGCUGUAUUUUAGAGUCAGAGUAUAUUUUAUAAUGUUCACCUCAAGGGCUGAGUGGCUGGAAAAGGUGAGGAUGCAGGAUUUGGGAGCUGCACAUACAGAUUCAGGUACCGUGUGGGUGGUAGGUGUGUGUUAGGGAGAAGGGCAGGGCAGGCAGAGGCCAGUCCAACAUCCAGUGAACUCAGGUGAAGGUUGGAUUUGAUAUGUGCUUCCAGUGGAGCCCGGCAUUGGGCUCAUUGGCGUGCUAUCUGGGGGAAGAGGGGUCCUUAGCUGCAGAGGUCAGCUGUCCCUGACCUAGCCAGAUGACCAGCUCUGAACGGGGAAGCUCCACCAGGCUGCCAUUUGGAGCCCAAGUCUGCGCCUUGGCCCUUGGGUUUGGUUUAGGGGCAGUAGUGUAUUUAAGAGCUUUGGCUCCCAACCUGUUCAUGAGGCUCUCUCAGCAAAGGGCUCUUCUUGGGAAAAACAGAACAGUUUGCUUUAAUUAAAAAAAAUAUAUAUAUACAUUUUGAAAUACAGAAAAGGUGAGAGGAAGCACCUUUUGUUGUAUCAUAAGCAAUAAACUUCACACUGGGUGGCGUCUACCUAAAAACUCCCUGACUCCACACUACGCUGUGAUAGGGCUUUGCUGCCUGCCCUGGAGCACCUAGGUCAGCUUCCCCAGGACAUGGGUCUGGUGGCCAGAGGGCAGGCAAUGUGCCCCCAACAUCCCUGAUGGAAGGCAGUAGGAUUUGGACUUGACUUCCAGUCUCCAGUGAGGAGGGGGCUGCCAAGCCAGGCUCAGUGUUUGUGGCCCUUUAGUUAAGUCAUGAGCUCAUGAUAUUCUGCAUACAGAAAAUGAUGUUUUAAGAAAAAAAGAAAAAAAAAACAAAACAAAACCUCCAUUGGGUGGGGCCACACUUUAAAUGAAAAUUUGUCUUUGACUAUGGUCGGGAAAAAAAAAAAUCUUAACUAUAUUUAGACAUUGCUGUCUAUUUUUAACUAACUCCAUAUGCUGCCAGGAUCAACUUCAUGACAUUUGCCAAAAUAAGAUUUUAUUUUUGCCUUUAUAAGAUUUUGUUGGAAAAAUGAAAUGAAUAUUUUGCAAGAAAAAGUUAAUUUAAAUAAAAGUGUAAUGGUUUGCAAAACAAAAAAUGUGAUGUACAGAUUAAAAUAUUAACCUAUUAUG